UAACAUUUCAGAAUCCUCACAUGCCUCUUCAGACCCAUUCCAACUUCUUUCUCUCUCCCCUCAUCUAAUUUUUCCGUUAUUUUCAUUUUCUUUCGAACUUCUUCUUCUUCUUCUCCUCCUCCUCCUCCUCCUCCUCCUAUAAAACUUAUCUUCCCUACUUUUAGAAACCCUAGAAUAACCAGAAAUAAGAAAACUCAUUCUCUUUUCCCACUUUUCAACUGAAGUUUCUUUUGGUUCAUGGGAAAAAGCCACUACCCUCCGAGUGAAUUUCAGGUAUACCCAUUUCGGUUCAUGCAGAUUCUUCCACCAAAAACUGCUGAUUGGUGCUCUAAAUCACCAAAUAACAACAGAAAACUCAAGAACCAACAAUGGAGAAGCUAUUCUUCGUACCUCAUUGCUCUGUUUUUUGCUCUUCUUUUGGCUUGUUCCUUUCGACCAGUCGCUGGCCAGAUGUGGGAUGGAGUGUCUGUUACUCAAGGCGAUUUUCAAGCUCUUCAAGCAAUAAAACAUGAACUCGUUGAUCUAAAAGGAGUUUUGCGUAGCUGGAAUGGUAGUAAUGGAGCUUGUUACGGGCAGUGGGCUGGAAUCAAGUGCGUGAAAGGGCAGGUUAUUGCUAUACAGCUUCCAUGGAAGGCUCUUGCCGGCAGGAUUUCUGACAGGAUUGGGCAGCUCCGGGAACUUCGGAAGCUUAGCCUCCACGACAAUGCGAUCUCUGGCGUGAUCCCUCGGUCCAUCGGGUUCCUUCCAAAUCUCAGAGGAAUUUAUCUUUUCAACAACAGAUUGUCAGGUUCUAUUCCUCCUACUAUUGGUCAUCUUCCCCUACUUCAAACUCUUGAUUUGAGCAACAAUUUGCUCACUGGAGAAAUUCCUUUCGGUAUAGCAAAUUCUACCAAAUUGAUUAGAGUUAAUCUGAGUUACAAUUCGUUGUCGGGAUCUAUCCCAAGAAGUUUUACACAGUCGUUCUCUCUUAUAAUUCUUGCCCUUCAGCACAAUAAUAUUUCUGGGACUGUCCCAGAUUCUUGGGGAAGUCUUGGAAACAGAACUUGCCCACUUGGGGUUUUGACACUUGAUCAUAAUGCUAUAUCUGGAGCAAUUCCAGCUUCUUUAACUAAAUUGGAAUGGCUUCAAGAGAUUUCCAUCAGUGAGAACAAGAUCUCUGGAGCUAUACCAGGUGAAAUAGGCAGGCUGAAGAGACUUCGUCUUUUGGAUUUGUCGAACAACGCCAUUAAUGGCAGCUUCCCUUCAAGUUUCUCCAAUCUCUCCUCUCUUCAGUUAUUGAAGGUUGAAAAUAAUCGUCUUGAAAGCCAGAUUCCAGGAGAUAUUGAUAGAAUGCACAAUCUCUCGGUGGUCAAGCUUGGGAAGAAUCGUUUUAGUGGUGAGAUUCCUGCAAGUUUUGGGAACAUUUCUGCUAUUAGCCAACUUGAUUUCUCAGAAAAUAACUUCACUGGACAGAUUCCAACAUCAUUGACCCGGUUGUUGAAUCUAACCUCUUUCAAUGUCUCUUACAACAAUCUCUCUGGCCCUGUCCCGGUUCUCCUAUCAAAUAAGUUCAAUGCGAGCUCUUUUGUAGGGAACCUUCAACUGUGUGGUUUUAGUACUUCAACUCCAUGCCUACCCGCAUCCUCCCCACAAAAUGUUACUACUCCAUCAACUGAGGUCCUGAAACCGCCUCACCACCGCAGACUUAGUGUAAAGGACAUAGUCCUGAUAGCUGCAGGAGCUCUGUUGGUGCUUCUUCUUCUUCUCUGCUCAAUUUUGCUCUGUUGUUUAUUAUCAAAAAGAGCUGCUGCCAGAAAGACUGACAAAACAACUGCCAAGCAAGCUGCUGCCAGAAGCAUCGAAAAGGCAGCACCCGGGAGCACAGAAGUUGGGGCAGGUGAAGCUGGUGGAAAACUAGUUCAUUUUGAUGGGCCAUUUGUUUUCACUGCUGAUGAUCUUCUGUGUGCGACUGCUGAGAUCAUGGGCAAGAGCACAUAUGGAACAGCAUAUAAAGCAACAUUGGAAGACGGAAAUGAAGUUGCAGUGAAAAGAUUGAGAGAGAAAACAACAAAAGGGCAAAAGGAAUUUGAAACCGAAGUUGCAGGCCUCGGAAAAAUUCGACAUCCAAAUCUACUUGCUCUUAGAGCUUACUACUUGGGCCCCAAAGGAGAGAAGCUCCUGGUCUUUGAUUACAUGCCUAGAGGAAGCCUCUCUUCCUUCCUUCAUGCUCGUGGGCCAGAAACCACGGUCGAUUGGGCAACAAGGAUGAAAAUAGCGAUCGGAAUCACGCAAGGCUUGAACUACCUCCACACAGAGGAGAAUCUUAUUCAUGGAAACCUCACGUCCAGCAACAUUCUGCUGGAUGAUCAGAAUAAUGCUCGUAUUGCAGAUUUUGGGCUUCCCAAGCUCAUGACUUCAGCUGCAGCCACAAAUGUGAUUGCCACUGCAGGAACACAGGGCUACAAUGCACCAGAGCUAACAAAAACCAAAAAGACCACAACAAAGACAGAUGUCUACAGCCUUGGAGUCAUAAUAUUGGAACUUUUGACAGGAAAAUCUCCUGGAGAAGCCAUGGAUGGAAUGGACUUACCACAGUGGGUGGCCUCAAUAGUAAAGGAAGAGUGGACAAAUGAAGUGUUUGAUUUGGAGCUUAUGAAAGAUACACAAAAUAUUGGUGAUGAACUGCUCAACACUUUAAAACUAGCCCUGCAUUGUGUUGAUCCGUCACCAACUGCUCGGCCAGAUGUUCAGCAGAUUCUCCAGCAACUGGAGGAAAUCAAUGCUUCUACUUCUGGUGAUGAUGGUGCCAAAAAUCAACCAGAAAAUGAAUAGAAGGGCUAUAGAUAAUUAUAGAUUACUCCCAAGAUACUGCCAAGAUGAGAAGAACAUAAGGGUAUAGUGUGGUUCUUUUAUUUGUUAUAGGCUUAUAGUAUAGAUUAUAGAAGAGGAGAUGUAUUCUUUUAUUUUUUGUCAAUUAGUAUUUGAAUUAUUCUUUUAUUCAUAUAUUGAUUCUAAGUGCAUAUAUAUCGUUGAUGAUACGAGUAUAA